AUGUCAAAUGCUAUUGUCACUACAAAAUAUUGGGAUUGGCCAAUCCGAAAGCGUAAUAUAGUACUAUACAAGUCCGAGGACGAAUUACCUGUGAUACCUCCAGUUACAUUAGUCAGUUACAUCCAAGUAUACAUACUUGCGUUUCUUGAACUACUUAGAACUACAUUCACAUGGUCAAAAGCUUAUGAUUUGUUCCCGGAUAUUUGUACAAAUGACCCUCCAGAAUACACCCUCUAUAUAGUUGGGCUAUCAUCAUUGCAUAAUCCCCCCUUUGAUUCAUUGCAGCUUCGCUGGGCUAUUUGGGAUAGGGCAGCUAAUAAGUCACAUAAAAUGGUUAGGGAUGUUUGCAAGCAUGAUUUCAAAUUUAUGAACAUCAAAGACUUCAAACAAUGGUUUCUUAAAUCUACACUUCCCACACAAGAGGGAUCAGACACGCCUGUUGAUAUUUCGUCAUUGAUCAAGUCCGACAUAAGAGAAAUGUUACGUUUCAACCCCCCAGGUAAUAUUAGGGGACUUUUGAAACAAUUGGAUAGAUUCAGUAAAUUUCAUUAUCUAGUUUUCAUGGAAACCAGUACUGUGGUCGAUAUGCUUUUUAAUACGGUAUGGUGUGAUUUAGACUGGUUUAAACCACAGGUUCUUAAGCAUGUUAAGGGAGAUAUUGACUUUACGCAUUUGCUAUAUAAAUUAUUGAGGGAGGAACUUUAUGUGCCAAUGUCUUUUUCCGAGAGUAGAAAUGAAGGUGGAGGGGGAAAAAGAAGAAGAAGAAGAAGGUCAAGGAGGGGAAUAUCAGGUUCUCAGUCUGAAGAUAACAACGUUUCGAUUCAGCAGGAAGAUCAUCCAAUGCAGGCUGAUCAGCUUGUCGAAUCGCGUAGUUACAAUGGUACAGAAUUUACCAACCGUGCAGUUCAAGAAUUAUUUAGAACUCAUAAUAUUAGACAUGAAACUACAGUAGUAGGAAAUUCCCAUCAAAACGGAUCAGCUGAAAGAUCUAUUAGAACCAUUAUUGAACGUGGACGAGUUGCUUUGAUUGAAUCCAACCUUCCAGCACCAUUCUGGUCAUAUGCAUGUGAAACAGCAGCUUAUACAUAUAACAGAACAUUAGAUCUUGAUAGCAAAGUGACUCCAUUUGAACUAUACUAUGGCAAACCUUCCUUUCAAAUAACGAAGAACAUGUUUAGCAGCUGCCAUAUCGCCCAUAGAUGGGUUUUGGAAACAUGUUCUUCGUUAUUUGAAAGGAAGGUUUGCCAUAGUAUAGUUCAAGAUGAUCAAAAUCAUGAGUCGGUAAGUAUGAGAAAUCAAUUGACUCAGUAUUAA